UCUUGAAGCAAAAGUCAAUUCCCAUACAAAUAAAUCAACUCCUCAAAGUAGCAGGUACUUUUUGUUGUUUUAAAUAUUAAUUCCUAAAAGUUUAUAGUUUAUAACAUUUUUUGAAAAGUAAUUAUCAAAUUAUUUUUGUUGAAGGGGUGAAAGUGAGACUUGGAUGAAGUUAAAAUAUGUACAACACAAGUUUGUUUCCCUGGAAACCUUUCUAAAAAACUGUCAAACUUUGGACAAAGGGAUCAUUAGAAAUCUUGCAAGAAUGAAAAAAAGUAAACUUUUCUAAAGGAAACUUGCCAUGUGAACAAAGUACUCAGUUUUAUCUGCUUGCUAUGGAAACAAACAUUUUCAAAUGACAUCAUUCCUGAACAACUUUCAGACAAGUGUGAGCGGCAUCAAUUCAAGUUAUGAUUUUAAUGGCUUCACACAUGCUCGAUUAAUUGUUUCAGGUUCACAACUGCACUGAUUAGACUGAGCACUAAAGAAAAUGAAAUAAGAAGCUUAAAAUCCUACUUUGUUUAAAUGUGGCUGAUUUUGCCCAAAACUUUCAUAAAAUUCUGGUAAGAAGUCAAUUGUAUUUAAUUUUAGCUGGCCAUGGGAUAAUUUGUUUCGCACUUUGUACUUACAAGUUAAGCUUUAAUGGACCUAGUUUCCAUUUCUUUGUCGGUGGACAGAUCAAGGACGUUUAAGUUAUUUUUAUUCAUUUCAAACAAACAUUUUACAAAAAAUAUUGAAAUCAGUCAAUGAAGAUUUCCAGUGUUUCUUUAAUUAGUUUCUGCCUCAAUUCUUUUGAAGUGCAUUAUGCACAUUCUGUUUACUAUGAAAAGAGUUUCAAUGGUGUCAUAUUGUCUUUGCCCUUGUGGCAUUUAAGAUCGAUUUUAUUGAGGAAUUAAAUAUCCUCAAGUAUAAGUUGGUGUUUGUUUUUUUCAGUCUGCAAGAUUUUAAUCUUGCUUGCACAUACUUCAGCAAUAUCAGUAUUGUAUUGCUGUGCCAGUAAACACCAUAAGGCUCUCUGGAGCUAAAUAUUUCUUGUUUGUGUUUAAAAUAAGUACCAAGUUUUGUGCAGAACUUAAUUUAUGAUAACUUUGAAUAAGAUGCAUUCUUAAAUUACAGUCAGCAUCAGUUCAACAUAAUUUUUUGCCUUUGUGUUCCUUGUAGCUGAUCAAGCUUUGCAGUGGAAUGGUAGAGACAGGGAAACAGUUCAACUUAUCCACCAGGUAAUACUAGUACACAAUUAAAGAACUCUGAUCUCUUUUUGUGGUUUUUCUCUUGGUCUUUCACUUCUCCCUCUUUUGAAAGCUCUACUCUUUAACCCUUUUGACUCUUAACAGUGACUAACAUUGAAUUUCUCCUUAACGUAUCACUUCUAAAUCAAAUAUUAAGGUGAUGAGAAUAAAGGAAAUGUUUGCCAACAAAAGAAACCUUGAUUGUCCAACAAAUUCUCCUGCUCAGCACUAUGGGAAAUGUAUAGAGAACAGUAUGGAGAAUUUGUAUACAGAUGCAGGAGUGUAAAGGGUUAAAGGAUUACUGGGUUUCUAAAGGAUCUUGUUUCACAUAUGAGGGUUGUCCUGACCAGGUCAUAACAUCUUUUAUAUAACAGCAAAGUGAUACAGGUCACCCAAUGAUAUAAGUUGGUUUCCUGUGGCACCUGAAGUCUAAGAUAGUACAGUUCGGAAUUGAAUAGUUCAGACAAGAAUUGUUUGUUAGUUACAUGACUGUAUUUUCACACAAAGGCUUUCGUCACUUUUCCUUCAGUGCUUUAGUGAGUGGUAUUGACAACCUGACAAAGUACUUUGCAGGAGAUGAGCUGGUGUCAUUCACGCUGGACAAGUUUUCUUGUGCUCUGACUGAGCUUCAGAGCUUCCUAUCAGUGAGUGAGAUUUCCUCAAUUGUCAACUCUAUAAUAGUCCAUAUUCCUUCCUUAAAAUCACAUCUCAUUUAAAAAUUAAUAUUUCAAUUGGUGAAAAUGAUUUAUAGAAAAAAAUUUUUUUCUGCAUGGAAUUAUUGCCCUUUGUGAUUUUGUUUUGUUUGUUUUCUGGCAGUCACGGAGAACAAUAUGUUGAUUAUAUCAUUAGACUGGUGGUAAAUAGAAGCUGUUACAGUGGAGAAUCGUGAACCUUUUAUAUGGCUUCACAUACCCCACACCCAGCCUUAAACAAGAACAAGCAUAGACUGAUAACUCUCUUAUUUGCAGUACAUUUUGUGAAUGUGUACAUCAUGUUUUUGACAGUUCACUUUCAUUACCAUUGACUUCAUACCUUGCAUAGGGAAAAAAUUGUUUUCUUCUCUCACAUCACCUAGAAUUGGAUUUUUGAUGACAUGUUUGGUGAAAUAACCAGUAUCUGUAUUUUCCUCAGAUUCUUUUAGAGCAAGCACAAAAAUCAAUCUCAAGCACGCUGAGAACUUUUAUCAAAGAGUAAGUGUGGUUGUGAAAAUUCUUGUCAGUUUUGUCUUAAAAAGGGAAAUUGGAUAACCUGCAUUGCACUACAAAAGGGUUAACACCCACCUGUAUUUUGAAAAUUUUGAUGAAAUCACAUCUUUUCAAUUCCUUAACCUUUCUAAAUCCGUCUCCUCUCUCUGUAAAAGUUUUUUCCUUCUAAGAUUUGCAUAGUUCUUACACAGCAAUGGACAGUUUGAGGUGGGGAGAGGUACAAUGUGGGAGAAGUUAAAUGGAAAGUAAAGAAGAAAAAAGUGAAUUUUUCAUUUUUUUACAUCGAUUGUACAAUGUAGUUGUGAGAGUUGAUUUGUUUGCCUCCUCUUGUAAAAUGAGCCUAUUUACAACUGUUUUAAUUACACAAUUCAAGAUUGAUUCAAGAUUCCAAUUGACACUGUCAGCUGUUAAAAACAGGAAUUAAAACAGUUGUAAUGAUGCAACUACAAUUAAAUAAUAGUUAUUGAAUCAAAUAUACUCUAAAAAGAAAAUUAAGUGUGUUGUCAUUGUUACAAUUUUAGAACAUACCUGUAGCUGCUCAAAAAGUAGAUGAACAUCAAAAAUCUUUGCAAAACUAAAUACUAUUUAUUUUCUCUCAUUUACAGGGAAGUCAAGAAGGUUAAGGAUGCUAAAAAGCUGUUUGACAAAGUCAGUGAUGAUUUGGAUAAGUGAGUGUAUAAUACUUGACAUGUAUACUGACCUUUUUGACAUGAGCUCAAUAAUUGGUGCUGUAACUAAAGGGUCAUGUUGGAUUUUCUCUUAUUUACCCGUUGGCUUUCAAGAUAAGGCUCUUUAGCACUCUAAGCUCAAAUUUUUUUUGCCAUUUGGCAACUGAAAAUCAGAAAAAAGUCAUCAGAGCUGCAGGCAACACCACAGUAGCCAGCAGUCAUUGUAAGGUUCACUUAAUUUAACAUCUCAGGACUCGACACUUGAACAAGGAAAGAGGAAGUGGCAACAUCCUGGAACUGGUUUAUGACUGUGCAUGUGGGUCAUAAAGAUUUUUGACAAAUGCAAACCUUUCAGAUUUCUAUGUGGCAUCUGCACACAGAUUGGCCAUUCAGUGACUUUUGCUGAAAAUAUACCAGCCAAAUUUUUUUCCAUUCUCCUUGGUGACAAAAAUGGUAGCCGCUUGAUGCACUACUCCAUAGUAUGACUGGAAAAGAAAUAUUACAGCCUCCCUCCCUUGUAGCCUGAACUCUAGUUCAUUGAAGGUGCCCUAUCCCCCCAUACCCCUGUACUCCCUAUCCACCCUACCCCCUACACCCUACCCACCACUUCACCAUGGCAGGUUGUCCUUUGCCCAAAAACAUAAGACCAGGAUUGUGUGCUAAUGAAAAUGUUUGUGAUUUUUUUUUUGUUUCCUUUUUAGUGCCUUGACAAGAAAUGCACAGCUUCCACAUCACUGUAAGGCCUCUGAAGUGGAGGAGGUUAGAUUAUUGUUAUAGUGUAGAGCUUCAUGUGUAGUUGCUAAAAAUUUUGCAUAGCCACCUAGAUGUUUGUAUAUGUAACUUGCUGUGUGUUACUGUGCCUACCAAUCUGUAUUAUAUAUGACGAUUGAAGGACCACACUGAAUACUUUGUAGUUAAUUUAAUUUUUUUUUUGUUUUAUUUAUUUUUUUUAAUUUCCACAAAACAGGUUAAGAAUGCAGUGAAAGCUAAUCAGACAUGUUUUAACCACACAGCAUUGGACUAUGCCUUCCAGGUUGUAGAUAAAGUGUAGAAGUGACAAUAAUCAUGUUCAUUGAAUCUCUGUCAAUAGUUGCUGUAUUGUCUAGUAAGCAAGCAUGAAAUUUAUCCCCCUUCCAAGAACUAUUGUCAGUUUUUUAAAACCAUGCUUUGUAUUGCAGAUCAACAUUUUACAGUCACGAAGAAGGAUUGAUGUUCUAGACACUGUAAGAAGUAGAGGAUAAUAGAUGGAUGCACAGAGAUAUGGAAUUCUUCUUGCAGUGUUUAGUUGAACACUUGAAGGAAAAUUCCUUACAUACGAGAGACCACAUAUUAUUUUGUUUACUAUUUAAUCACUAUAGGCCUUAAAUGACAAGAGUAUAAUUGGAAUUGGAACAGUUUCGCAAACCAUUUAAGCAACUCAUUCAUCCAUAUGAUUGGUAAACCAAUCGCACAACCAAUCAUGGUUUAAUAAUAUUUUCAUUCAUUUGAAUGGCUUGCCAGUCCAUUUGACAUUAUCCGUUUUAUUCAUUCAUUUGAAUGGCUAAGCAAACCGUUUGAAGGGCUAAUCAAACUGUUCAAGUUCAGUUUGCCCAUAUGAUAAAAAUUUUUACUCAUCUGUUCAAAUGGCUGACCAAACCUCUCAAAUAAUUUAUUCACCAGUUUAAAUGGUUAGGCAAACUGUUCAAAUGCCUCAAGGACUGUUCAUCAACCGUUUGUCAUCUGUGUGUUUUUGCUAUUCUAACAGUUUUCUGUUAGUGUCUGUUUUGCCUUCCAUGGUCACAAAUUUACCAAACAACCUUGUAUUAAGAAUGGUGAAUGUUUUGCUAUUAAUUUAUUAACCUGACAGAGUGGUACAAUAAACAAGUGAUGUGUCAGCAGCUGAUUGUGAUGUCAAACACAUUUAAAAUAUAAUUAUAAUUUUACACAUGUGCAGUUGCAGGUUUUCUCAGUGCUGGAAAUCCUUGUAGAACAUGGCAGUGUUAAUUAGACCUCUUCAUGCAGAUAGUCCAUCUUUUCUAAAAGGUUCUUUUGUCCUUGCAAAUUCGAAAAGAAGUCUUAGUACAGAUUGAAUGAGUAGGACUGACUGGGAGAAGAAACUGAACUUGUCUGUUUUUGUUCCUGUUAUAGAUUCUGAAGUUUAUGCAUGCCCAGUCAACAUAUUUUCAUCAAGGUUAUGAUUUGAUGAAUGAUUUAGAUGCAUACAUGAAGAGGGUGUCAAAUCAGGUGGGUUGAAUUUGAUUUACUAUUAAUAAUUUGAUAACAAGAUAUUGGCUUCUAUUAUACCAUUGGUGCAACAUUCAACAAGUUUGGUGUUCUUUGUCUUGUUCUGUCAGACCUUUUAGGAUUUUUUUUUGUUCCUUGAUGGAAGAGUUUGUAUAUUAAUUUUAAACAAUGAUUCAUUAUUUCAGAAGCAGUUGUGAACUUAAAAAUUGAAAAACUUUCACUCUUAGGAUCUAAAGAUUUAUUCUUCACACCAUUUGCUAUAUAUUUCUUAUAAUUUAAGCUCCGAGAAUUUGGUUGUAAUUAUCAAACAGUAUCCCCUGUCAGAUAUUUUUCAAUCUUCUCAUCAACUUUAUGCUAAGAGUUGCACUUAAAUUGUGAGGAGAAGUUCCUCUUUGAUCACUCCUGGGAGUGAAAGGGUUAAAAUAUUAGAGGACAGGUUUUGAUCAAUUGGAAAUAGUCUGCUGAUAGUGACUCUUAACAACUGUGUAUCAAAUUCUGUAAUCCAGGUGGAAGAAGUGUCAGUCCAGUUUACAAUGGACAAAAAAGAGAUGGAAGAAAGACACACAUUGGUCCAGAAAAUGGUGGGUAUAAUAUCAAUUAUUACAAUAAUGAUUUAAGAUCUUAAAAAUUUUGCUCUGUCCUUAGAGCCGUUUAAAAUUUCCUAACAUGGGCCUUCGAAUUUUGUUUAAAAACAAGGUAAAGACAGGCAAAAAAAUUAUACAGUUGGGUACAAAAUUUAUGCAUUGGUUAUUGUUUCUAUAUAUUUAGCAUUUACCAGUAAUUUUCUAUUUCCCAUUUUCAUUCAAUUUCCCCCCAAUAAAGUGAGAUUGAGUCUUGUUGCAAGGCUGUGAGAAAACAAAAAAGAUAGUGAGAUUAGUGGGUGAGUUGUAAUUGAUUUGGAAUGUCUAUGAAACCAUUCCAUUAGAUUUCUAUGGUCAAAUGUGCAAAAACAAGGGGCAGAAAAUUUGUCAAAUACCAGAUUAUGAGAUUCAUGGUUUUUACUCAAGGCUUGCUAUCUUGGAUUUGUGAUUUUAGGAGGAGAGUGGAUGCAUAGGAAGAAGAAACCUGAAUGAUGCAAGAUAAACUGUUAUAAUUGUUGAUGGUAUCUGAACAAUACUCAAUACAUGUUUUACAUCAUUCACAAUGGGAAGUCUCAAAGUUUGUAACUUCUCUGUUUACUUUGAGGAGUGAAUCUUGUGCAUUCAGUUUGGUGAAAAUCAUGUUUGUGUUCAUGUGCUUAUGGGUUAAUUUUCAUCUUCUAUUUGUUUGCAGUGGUUUAGUAAUGGAAGGCUACUUAUUUAAAAAAAGCAGUAAUGCUUUUAGAAGUUGGCAUAGGUGAGUGUGUGGUAGCAGUGAGUUAGGGGUGAAUUUAGACUGAAAUAUUCUACAGGUUAGAUCUCUGAUUCUCAGAGGUUGUAGUGGAUCUGAGUCCUUUUUAAUGGGAUACUGAUUGACACUGAAGUAAAACUGCAGCAGCUGAUUUACCCUCUAACUCCUAAGAGUGACUAACAUCUAAUUUCUCCUUACAAUACGACACCUGAAUCAAGCAUUAAGGUCUCAAGAAUAAAAGAGAUGAUCACUGACUAAAAAGCUAUGGAUUGUCAGGCAAAUUCUCCUUGUUGGUCCCUCAUGAAAUUUGUAGAGAACAGUAUGGAGAAUAUGCAUACUGAUAUUAGCCAAGGGUGUAAAGGGUUAAGGUCUUAAAUAAUUUCAUUGUAAAAUACCUCAUUUUUAUUUUCCCAAAGGUGAUAUUUCACAGUUCAGAAUAACCAACUGAUGUAUCAGAAGAGAUUAAAGGUGUGUAUGACUGAAUGAAUGUAGUAUUUAGAUUACACACACUCACGAGUGUGAUCACUAAGUGCAAUUUCUGGUGUCACAUUCUGAUUAUGUCAAUCACAUGCAUGCUGCAAAUGUCAACAGCCAGGUGCAUACACCUAUUUAUGCACACAUGUUAUCAUGCUUUGAAUUGUGAAUACUUAGUAAAUUUAUUGAAGUUUUUAAUUAAAACCUUUUUUCAGUUGUACAGUCAAAUGAAUGAAGGGAUUCAAUGAUGACAUGCAGUUUAUGUAUCACUUGCAUUCAAUUUUGCAGGAUGAUCAAACAGUACUUGUUGAAGAUCUUCGAUUGUGUAAAGUUAGGCUUGCAGAGGAAACAGUGGAAAGAAGAUUUAUGUUUGAAGUGGUAUCACCAACAAAGUAAGGCUACUGAAUUCUGUUUUUGCAAAUCUGUCAAAUACACAGUAGACAACUCAGAAUUGAUAGCAUCUGAGUGACCAAUAGUUAUUGUUUCCAAGAUCUGAUUGUUAAUUCUCCCCUCAAACUGCAAGACAUUUGUAAAUUGGUUACAGGAAUUGGUGUUAGAUCAAGAUAACAACUUCUUCCUAACAAGUUUGAGUAUUCUCUUUACCUGAUAAGUUUGAGUAUUCUUGUUACCCAUUUGCUGGAUAAUGUGUAGAUAUUAUAGGGAGAAGUGACAUGUUAAUCACUUUUUGAGUUUAGAGUUAACUGAAAAUGAUAUCUUCUACUCUGUAUCACUAGAUCAUGGUAUUUACAAGCAGAUAGUGAAGCACUGCAAGUGGAAUGGAUGGAAGCUAUGCAGGUAAGUUUAUCAAAUUGAGGCAAGUGGAAUACAUAGGAACUGAGUCUAAGGAUGUACACUAAAUGUUGUGGGUGAAUUUCUGCUGAUGGUGAACUUGAGUGAGGUGUGGAGUGAGGUUGGUGACAGGGUUUUGUUUUGUUUGUAAAAUAAUGUUGUUUUCAAGGGCAACCUUCCUUGUUUCCAAUGUUAACCAAAUCUCAAGUCAGAGCAGUGUAUCAUAAACUGUCAAGCAUGUGAGAUAGUGUUAAGAAAUCAAAUGAUACAAAUGACCCUGAAAACAGCACCAGUUGCCCAUGAUAACAACCCCAUUUUUAACAUCAAAAUGUGGUCACCAAACUUUUGUUGCCCCUCUCUCAACUGAAACUUGUAGUAAGUAGGCUUGAAGUAGAAGUGAACGAGUUAUCAGCUUUUGUAGUGUUUGUUGUGUUGUGUUGGCAGAGAAGUGAAUCCUUAACUUGAUGAUCAAAAAGAAAGUUUCUAACAAAAUACUGUUACUAAAAUUUUAAUUGUUAUGUGGUGAUUCACAGGCCAGUAUUGACAAGGCUUUCAAUAGCUCAACCAGUAUUCAAAGUAACAAUGAUAAGGUGGGUGAAUUGAAAUUACUUACUUAAGAUAGUGCAUGUGAUCCCUGUGGGUAGUUUUUAAGUCAUGGUUCCUUGACCUCAGGAUUUCAGAGACAAUCCAAGAAAAUGUGACUCUGAGGACAAGGCAGUGCAGUUUUGAUGAAUCCAAGCAAUAUAUAUUUAUUUAUUUAUUUGGCAUAUUAAAGUUCAUUAAUUAGCAGCUACCCAGAUUAAUUGCAUGGUACCUUUCAAGAUUGCCACAUGCACUUUCAGUCCUUUUCUCCAAGAACUUUCCUCAAAACUACUGUAUAAAAAUCACAUGACACAGGGACAAGUUGUUCAAUUUAUACCUUGAAUCAAUUUCACUAGCUGCACAUGAAAUAGAUUAUUGGGUACUUUUUUGGUCACUGUUACACUGUUCCAUUUUUUUUUUGUUUUCAUUUCUUUAGCUCUUGUUUAAAAUGUUCACAACUUUUAAAUUGAUUCUUUACACACUUUCUCUGUGAGCUGUCACUGAUGUGCACCUUACCUAUAAUUUGUGAUUUCAGGGGAUAUCCCUAUCCUGUCUUUUUAGUUCAAGUUUAAGAUAGAAUUUAUAUAAUUUUUUUUCAGAGUGAUUUACAAGGGCCAGGCUCUAUGAGCAACAGUAUGGAUUCUCUCAACAAAGUUUCUGGACCAUCAAGGUUUGAUUGUCUUGCUUUUUGCAUUCUGUUGCUGGAGAUUUCUUUAAUGCAGUUAAAAGCAAUUUAACAGAGUUGAAAACUAAGAGGAUCAGUAGUAUUCAGCUGUUUCUGCAUAUGCGCACAUGUCAGAGUUCCAUGUGCUCUCUGAUUGAGGCAUUCUUGCACGUGCUUUGAGCAUGAGCUUGCAGCAUGGUUUGGACCAACAGUUCAUCAUCCAGGUAGUUUUCCCCACCCCUUUCCCACUCUUUCCACCAUUUAUUCAGUGUGACUGAGGUCUGCUUCCCUUUUCUGCGUGGGGGCUCAUGGCUGGGUUGCAUGGAUUUGCCAUGGUCCCUGCUCUCACCACUGUGCCAUCCCUGCACUCAUCACUGUGCCAUCCCUUCUCCCAUCACUGUGCCAUCCCUGCUCUCAUCAUUGUUCCGUCCCUGCUCCUAUUACUUUGCCAUCCCUGCUCUCAUCAAUAAUGCAAGGGUCUAUGCUUCCAUCACUGUGCCAUCCCCACUCUCAUCACUGUGGCCCAGGUCCCUGCUCUCAUCACUGUGUCAUCCCCACUCCCAUCACUGUGCCAUUCCUUCCUGUUAUUUCAUAGACAGUACUCUCUUGGAUCAUACAGAUGACACUCCAUUUUGGACCUGGUUCACUAAAAGUUAAUAUUAAUAAUUACAUUCAUUUGGUGUUUUAACAGUUUUUAUUACCUUUCAAUGACAGAAGUAAUCUUGAUGUUAUUAGAGCUGUCUCUGGUAAUGACAAGUGUGCAGACUGCAGCAGCACUGGUGAGCAUAGUACAACAAUCUGUGGGAGAGGGUAGCUUUGAGGUCAUAGGAUUGUGUAAAGAAAGUUCACUUUUUAAUACCAUUUGGCCUUUGCAAUGAAAAUGUGGGUUUUUUUUAUUAUCCUCCUUUUAUGGGUUAGAAUGUUUGCUUUUGCCUUUCUUUUUCUUUUUCUUUUUCCUUUUUUUUUUAAUUUAAAUGGUUUAUAUUUUGUAGUUACCAACUGUAGUAACUCUAAUGCAAAUUAUUUUUUAUCCUUUAGAUCCGACCUGGAUCUAUGCAUUGUAGAGUGCAUGUGUUGUCAAUAAUCUGGUUUAUGCCAUGAUCCUUAAGAUCAGUGGUGCAGACAAAAGGCUCAGCUUUGCUGCUGUGUAGUUUUUCUUAAGUCCAAUUAGCAGGUAAAACAACCAAACAAACAUUCAGUAAAUUCAUGCCUCUGGGUCCAAAUAUCAUCAGUUGAGGGCAGUGUGUUUGACUGAGUUACAAACUGUCCAGUGCAUAAUUACCUAUUUUUUAAGUAUUUAAAUUUGAUAUAUAAUAAUAUUAUGAGAGAUCACAAAGUUACAAUUAUGUAGUUUAAGAAAUGACCCACCGGUAAUGCUUGUUUUAAUAGGAGUUUGGGUGUCCACGUCUCCAAGGUUCGCUCAUUGACCCUUGAUGCAUGGGAACCAGAGCAAGUCAAGGUAAUAUAGGAUGCAUACUUUUGUUAUUUGUAAGCACAAUGCUUUGGAUUUACAACUGUUUUACUGGACAAUGUGCUGACAUAAUGUUAAUUGAGCUUGUGUCUCAAAGUGAUCAAGGCAUAAUCUCUAACUUGGUGACAGAAUAUUUUUAAUUUUAAAGAAAAGGACUUGGUAAAAUAGAACAAAAUGAAUGUUAUAGUAACUUAAGGUUUUGUUUUUAGUUAAUGACAGAAUUGGGAAAUGAAUUGGUCAAUGGAAUUCUUGAAGCAAAAGUCAACUCCCAUACAAAGAAACCAACUCCUCAAAGUAGCAGGUACUGUUUGUUGUUUUAAAUAAAUUAUGAAUUCCUAAAUUUUUGUAGUUAACAUUUUUUGAAAAUAAUUAUCAAAUGAUUUUUUUCAAAGGGGUGAAAGAGAGACUUGGAUCAAGUUAAAAUAUGUACAACAUAAGUUUGUUUCCCUGGAAACCUUUCUAAAAAACUGUCAAACUUUGGACAAAGGGAUCAUUAGAAAUCUUGCAAGAAUGAAAGUUCACCACGAGGAAAGGGGCACAAAUUUGGCUGUUGAGAGAACAGACUCCAAAAAAAGUAAACUUUUCAAACGGAAACUUGCCGUGAAGUCAAAGUCAAAGAUGGACAACCGAAAGAGUGCUCCUGCUGAAAUACUCUCUGCAGAUGUAGCAAGUGGAGACUCUGAAAAGUUAGAACAUGUUGCUUCAAGUUUUCUCAGUGAUGAGACUGCUAGCAGUGACUCACAUGAUGAGGACAGACCAGGAACUAGUGCUCCAUCAACAUCAUGUCAAGACAGUGAGAGGAGACGGGCAGCCUCCAUCAGAGCAGCUAUGUCUUCUGACAAGGGUAGAGAUAGGGGAGUUUCAUUUGAUUCAACCAUAAGUGAAGAUGGUCUGACUCACGAGGCAACCAUUUGUGAAAGAGUGCAGAAUAAUGGGGAUGGUGACCUGGAGAAAAGACUGAAGGAGGACAAGGAGAAAGCGAUUGCUGUGUUGAAAAGAGUACAUCCCAGUAGGGUAUGCACCUUUAGUUACCAAAUAAAGAGGUCUGCACUAUCUAUUUAUUUAUUUGCUAUAUCAUAUGCUGUUUUGUAAUGUCCUGAGAGUUAUUAAGUUGAUACUUAGUGGUGAUUAUUGACCCUUUACACUCAAACAUCAGCAUGCAUAUUCUCCAUACUGUUCUCUAUACAUUUAGUGACAUGAUGACAAGGAGAAUUUGUUUAACAAUUCAGUGCCUCUUUAGUUGGUGAUCAUGUCCUUUAUUCUUGUGAUGUUAAUGUGUGAUUCAUGGGUGAUACUGUAAGAAAAAAGUAGAUACUGGUCACUCUCAGGGGUCAACAGUUUAAUGGUACAUGACAUUGCUUGUGGCUUGUUUUAAUUGUGGGUUUUUGUUGCAGUUACUUUUCAAAGCAGCAGAAUGGAAGAGUCUUCCUCUUAUGGCUGCAUCACUUGCAGAAGGUAGACAAGAACAUGCUGCACUUAUUGUUUAUUUAAUGGCUGCACAUACAUUUCUGGAAAGUGAUACUUACAGUAAUCACACAAACUGUGUGUAACUUUCCACUUUCCUCAAAAAUGUACAAGUCAUGAAAGUAUUUAUGGAAAAUUUUCAGGUGCCAAAGUGAACUGGGUAAAUGAGGAAGAUGAACGAAAAACAGCACUUCACCAGUCUGUCUUAGGGGUAGGUUUGACUCUUUCUGUUGACGGUGUUCUGCUAUGCUAAGUACUUGCAAUUCCUUCAUGGAAGGGCCAUCAUGUAAUGAAAUUAUUAUUUUUCUUCCUCAAGGGAUCAUUACCAGCUUGUGAGUUCCUUUUACAAAAUGGAGCUAAAAUAAACCAGAAAGACAAGAGGGGAAGAGGUGCACUUCAUCAUGCAGCACUUCUUGGGCAGACAGGGUGAGUUGAUCAAAAACAACAUUCUAUUAAAACCAUUUUCUCUCUUACCAUCACUGUUUUCUGCAGUCGUUGUGAGUGUAUUGAGAACCUUGCUUAUGUCUGUAAAGCAAAGCAUUUUACUUCUUUUUCUUUCUUGCUUCAAGUUGUUAUUAUCAGUAUAUGAAUAUUGAUAAGGUUAAGACUUACAACCACAUGUUCCAGUAAAAGUUCCAUAACUGUGUGUACUUAAACCUAGUUCCUGUAGCUCUUAGCAACCAGUUCUUUCCUUAGCAUAGUGUCUAUCUCUAGAACACAAUACAGUGGUGUGGCCAGGGCUUAAAACAGUUCACUCAGCUGUGGCAUUAUCUGUCAUCACUUAUAUUAAUACUGCUCCUUUAUUUUCAGUCCUAUCCUCUUGUUCCUGAAGUGA